CUAAUCAUCUCCGCACAGAAAAAAUAAUUACACCGAGAAGGAGAGUUGCGGUGGGGAAUACAGUCCCGCACCAGCAGGCGUCUGAUGACCGCCGACUUCCCCCCGAGGCUUGCAACGCGCCCCUAACUCAACCCUACCGCUGCUCGUGAAGAGGCAUUUUCAUAGCGGUGGGGGCUUUUGCCUGGCCCCCUGGCCAGGGGACGGGGCUCGCUGGCACGGGUACAAAGCGCUGUAUUUGCGUGUGUGCACGCAGGAUCCGCAAUCUGGCGCAGUCGUUGGGCCAGCGUGGUGUAAACUCAGUCAGUGCGGGGGGGGGGGCCCGAAGCAGGUACAAGUCCCCUGCGGCAAGACAAGCGGGGCAGGCAUGUGGCUGGCGGGACGCACAAGCAGGGUUUGUUGCCAGCCUGCGCUCCUGCUGAGUUGAGAGCUUUGGAGUAUCCCCAGGUGAUUUGCUGGAGGGAGAUAGAGGGACUGGUACUUUUGCCUACCGGGCGGGGGAGGGGGGGUCAGACUGGAAUUUGGGAGACUGCCCCAGCCCUAUUGGAAUAGAAAAACGAGCCUGUGUUAUUUUAAUACAAACGUAGCACAACUCAAUGGAGACAAAUCCCAGCAUAUAGAAUUCAUAGCUGCUUAGAAGCUGGUUCUGGGGUGAGAAAAUGUCCUUUCCCCCUCCCAAUAUACGUCCUUGGGGAUCUUCUUAUUGACAGACGCGCAAGAAGUAACUUGGUAGCCGGGACUGUCUGGUAUGCGCCUUUGGGUCUGUAGUGAGCAUUGUUUUAACUUGGCCUGGGUGCUUUCUCCCCGGCCCCGCAAUUGUCUCGACUCAACUCUUCUCCUUUAGCGGAAUCCCCAGUUUCACGGAGCGCUGCUUCCAUUCGUGUCUUGCUCUCCAAAAAGCUAUAAACCGGUUGUCGACAAAGCGCUAAUUUUCGCAGUUAAAAAUCGCAGGAUUUCUUGCCUACGAAAAUAGCCGCAGUUUCGCUGUAAUUCGUACAAGUUCCACGUUUAGAAUGCUUCGGCGCCCGAGGAAUCCAAUCCCCACCCCACUCCUUUCCAUCCCUAGGUUUUGUGUAUAGGGGAGAUAUAUUUACUUAUGAAGCUAUGGGUGCAUUAAUUCCUGCCCCCCUCCCCCGAUAUUUGAAGGGAGUUCAUAACCCCCAACUCGCUGGAUUCUCUGUAAUUUGGAGAGUAGCACAAAUGCCUGCUAGGAUCCCUCCUGCUUCUGUGUCCCCGGGUUGGGAAUUUCUACUUUUUGAUACAAGUUUGUGUCUCAGCAGCACUGGAAAUCAAUGGGACGGUGUUAAACGUUUGCAAAUUGGUGAGGCAUAAAACAGAGCAGAUGAGGACUAGCUUGAUGCUGUUACUGGCAAUAAUAAAGGAAUGGAUCAGAUUGAUUUCCCACCGGGCAAAACCGAGACCCAAGACAGCAAUGGGAAAUAAAGCGUUCAGCUGGGGGAAAGUUUCAAUGAUCAAUGCAAGGACUAGAUUGGCUUAUGGAACGGGUUUGCUUUGCUUGCUUUCUAAAGUCCAGACCAAACUAUGUUUAAAAUACGAGCUCGCAUCUUAACGUAUUUAAUUACAGACAUUAGGAUUAAAGAACUGGCUUGUUCCAAGUGUUGCCUGAUCUAUAAAUGGUGUAUUGGCUAUUUUAAUUAAUAAUAUAGUAAUAUUAACCUGUACUUAUAGGCUACACAAGAUAAAUUUUAAAUAUACCCUUUGGCUGGAUCGACGGAAAUAUUACCCACAAAAACUUCCGACGAUUUGAAACGCGAUUCCGAGCGGUGUUUUAUGCCUGCUCGAUCUGCAUGGACCCCUGCUCUCCGUUCAGCUGUAACUGCAAAUCCUAACAGGAUAAAACUCUACUGUUCAAAACACUCACUCACCAGGCCGCUGGAGUUAUUGGGGUUUGAGAGUCCUACAACCGCUCGAAAGAGGCAAACAGCAGAAAUCUUUAAAGCUUUCUACUGUGAGUAAAUUCUCAUCCCCUAGUAAAACAUCUCAUCCCAAAGAGCUAAUGUUACUCCCCCGCAGGAUUCAUUUCCAAAUCAGGUACCGGCUCAGGCAGCCAUCGGUGCUUAUGUCCCUGCGGCACGGUAUGGACAAGACCGAGGUGUAAACGCGCUCGUUGCUUGCUGUGCUUAGCGCAGUACGGUAAAUGAAAAGGACAUUUGCACAGUGAAAGUCCGGCUUGAUGCGCCGCAGCCUCGGUGGAGCUGUCAGGUCUUAUCUUUAUUGGCUUUUCCCAGCCUCUGUCCGAGUUGAAAAGAGGUCUCCUUUUAUCUUAGCGAGCUUGCACUGAGAAUGUUUACACAGGGCAACUUUUUGUUUUAGCAUUAUUACCAAGGUUAAAAACCUGACUCGAGCCCGGAGAUAAGUGGGUAAUAUUGCACUGGAGUCGGCUCUCAGGACGGGACCCGGUGCAGCAGCUGCCCGGAUCACGGAGCAAAAUAAAACCAAGCAGCAAACCCUCUUAGAGGUGUUUUCCAAACCAACUGAAAAUGAAGGCGAAUUCCCCGGCAGAGAUUGCGAAUAGUUUCCCUGUAACAGAUCCCUGCAUCCAUCCAAUAAGUGUAUGAAGUGUAAAGCUUGAAAAAUGUUUUUUGGAAGGUGUAUAAAACUCGAAGAGAACUGAAAGACAAGAACGCAAUACGUUCACGCUAGCUAAGUGAAAGCGUUUGUCAAGCUCUAAUUGACUUGUUAAGAGAGAGAGAAAAUAUCGAGGCUCAAGUCCUGAUCCCAUGUACUCAACUGGGACCAAGAUUUAGCCUCGAUACUUUCCUACAAAGUAAAUGCAACUGACCAGUGACUUCUUUAUUUGGUGGAGAAAAGCGAAUGUAAUUGUUUGGGGUGGUGGGUUUUUUUGUUGAAAGGACACGUGAGAACUAAGUAAGUUCUUUGGUAUGUAAAGCUUUUGGUCAGCAGCUAAAACAUCGCUAUUUGUACCGAUCGGACGGGGACCGGGGAAACGUUUGCUUUUGGGAUCCCUCAGUUUAAUAGCAAGCUGUUGCCCUGCUUAAAGUUAGAAAUAAAAAGCGAAGGGAAAACGAGCGUUGUCCCUAGUAAACAACAACCGAGUGUCCCAUCGGAGCAGAACAAACAGACGGGAGCGCAGCUGCCAUUGUAGGCCCUGGGCCGAUCGUGCAGUCUUUACUCGGGCAAAACUCCGCCAUAUUUCAAAGGUGGGCGAGGGGCGGACUAUAGACCCCCUCGCUUUGCAACCGCUCAGCUGAUUUCUGAAUCCCAAGGACGGUUCGUUCAUGGCGAAGUGGAAGAGUCCGUCCGAGGGCUGCUGUUUUGUCACCCACCCAUGCGUAGACAUAUAAUUCCUUCCAGAUUUCUGCUGAGUUAUGCUGUGUUACCAGACUGGGAAACCCCAGGCCCUGAUCCCUUAUAAUCCAGAUCCGGAAACGAAUUAACAGAAUGGGGCUCAAACCCAGGGACCCGUUCCAGUGGCAAUGGAAAUCACAGGGGAGUUCAGCGUUGCGGGUUGGGGGGUUGUUUCUUCAAGUCGUACCUGGGCUAAAGGGAACAGUGACGUUUUCCCGGGGUGGGAAACCAAAGGGCAGGUUUAGAAAAUGCCCCCUCCGCAGUCACCGAGCAGAACCACGGCUGAGCCCGCGGCAGAAAGCAGCGACCGGCCGCUCUGGGCUCCCGCGGCUCCAUGGGGCUGUUUGUGGGCCUGGGCCAAAGCUCUGGCCUGGGCCAGCUGCGGAUACUCGCGAUUUCCGAGCUGCAAAUUAGCGCUGCCCUUGACUCGGCCCCUGGUUCUCAGGCGAUUUCAAUUUGGCACCUGGGCGCACCAGGGCCCAGCGUUUCGGGCGAGGAAGGGGGCUGGGGGGCGCAGGCGGGAGUCGUGCUAGGCAGGGCCGCUCAGGUUAAGCCGAAGCAAAGCCGCGCGUUCAGACAGCGGGGUUGGGGCCGGGCCGGGGCCGAUCGCUGGGCUGGAGGAACCGAGCGCUCCAGCCGGGACAGGCUGCAGGGCCGGAAAUGCUCCAGGAGAAAGGCCUGUCUGAAACGGAAGAAGGGUUUCCAGCAGCCCAGACAGCUGGUCAUGCAGAAUCCGCAGCGGGCUCCCCGGUUCUUGGCGUGGCCGGAGUCAGCAGCACGCCGCUGAGCAGCCCGCAGGGCCAGGAUCCGGAGCAGACAAUAGAAAACAUCAAAGUCUAUCUCCACGAGAAGGAACUAUGGAAGAAGUUUCAUGAAGCUGGCACCGAAAUGAUAAUAACCAAAGCAGGCAGGAGGAUGUUUCCUAGCUACAAAAUUAAGGUAACUGGGAUGAACCCCAAGACCAAGUACAUCCUGUUGAUCGACAUUGUCCCAGCUGAUGAUCACCGGUACAAAUUUUGUGACAACAAAUGGAUGGUGGCCGGGAAAGCGGAGCCCGCAAUGCCCGGGCGGUUAUACGUUCAUCCGGACUCGCCCGCCACGGGAGCUCACUGGAUGCGGCAGCUGGUGUCGUUUCAGAAGCUAAAGCUCACUAACAAUCACCUCGAUCCGUUCGGACACAUUAUUCUUAAUUCGAUGCAUAAAUACCAGCCAAGACUGCACAUUGUGAAAGCAGAUGAAAACAACGCCUUUGGGUCUAAGAACACAGCGUUCUGCACACAUGUGUUUCCAGAGACAUCCUUUAUAUCGGUGACCUCCUAUCAGAAUCACAAGAUAACCCAGCUGAAAAUUGAAAACAACCCAUUUGCCAAGGGAUUCCGGGGAAGUGAUGACAGCGAUUUGCGUGUGGCCCGGCUACAAAGCAAAGAAUAUCCAGUGAUUUCCAAAAGCAUCAUGAGGCAGAGGUUGGUUUCCACUCAUGGCCAGCUUUCAACAAAAACAGAUGUCAACCCACUCCAUGGGAAUCACCAGACCCUUCAGCAUUAUCAAUAUGAGAAUGGUGCUCACAUGCCGUUUGCUGCUUCGGAUACUCAAGAUCUACCACUCAACACCUUCACAGCACAGAGAGAUUCAGGGCUCUUUUAUCACUGCCUGAAAAGAAGAGAAAGUGCUCGGCAUUUAGACCUGCCCUGCAAACGCUCCUAUCUGGAAGCCUCCUCUUCUGUAGGAGAAGAUCAUUAUUUUCGUUCGCCACCUCCAUAUGACCAGCAAAUGUUAAGCCCUUCCUAUUGCAGUGAGGUGACACCUAGGGAAGCUUGUAUGUACUCAGGUUCUGGGGCUGAAAUUGCAGGUGUCUCAACAGUCGAUGACUUGCCACCUCCUCCCCCUCCCCCUUUGAGCUGCAAUAUGUGGACUUCUGUUGCACCUUACACCAGCUACAGCGUUCAGACAAUGGAAACUGUGCCUUAUCAGCCUUUCCCUGCUCAUUUUACUACCACCACCAUGAUGCCAAGACUCCCCUCUAUCACAAGUCAAAGCUCACAACCACCAGGUAAUAGUCCCUUCAGUGUCUACAAUCAACUGUCACAGUCUCAGGUUCGGGAGCGAGUUCCUCCCUCAUCCUUCCCGAGGGAAAGAGUGCACCCAUCUGUUUGCGAGAGGAAGCCCCCAUCUCCGCACUUAAACACAGCAAACGAAUUUCUGUACUCACAAAGCUUUUCACUCUCGAGGGAAUCUUCAUUACCGUACCAUUCAGGAAUGGGGACUGUGGAAAACUGGACUGAUGGAUGAUUCUAAGGAACAAAACAGCUAGUUUUACUGCUCCUGAACAAUGUUACUUCAGUGUUAAUUCCUGUGGGUAACUUGCACUUCAGUGAAACCUACACACAUGUACAUUUCCAAAGGGGGGUGUGUGUGUGUGUAUGAGGCAUUUGUAUCUUUACACACAUACAAUUCAAUGGAAAUAACAAUUCUGUACAAAGUAACUCUUGGAUCAAUGGCCUGGAUUCACCAAUCUUUUCUAAAUUAAUUCAGUCCUACUGGCCCCUAAGAACCAUCCGAAUGACUAAAAUGUGAUGUGGCUGGUCCUUUUUCUUUGUUUAAAACAGCAGAUUUUGGGGGAAAUUAUUACCCUUUAAUUGUUAUGGCUCUAUGACUUCAUGAGCCACAAAAACUAAGACAAAAGAGCAUAUAGUCCAACGUCUGUAAGUCAGAGCUCUUUUCAUCUAGGAUUGUUUCUUUUUCUAUCCUCAGCAGUGGAUAAGCAUUAUCAGCCUGUUUAUAGCCAGGCAAGCAGAAUCUCAGUGAAGUGACUUGCCCUGAGGCUGCAUACUCAAGAAGCCAAGUAGAGAACUAGGAACAGAACCCAUGUCAUCUGAUGCCUGGUUCUGUUUCUCCCAGACACUGCACCAUACUGAUUCCUUGCAGUAUAGUGGCUUGAGAUUUGUCCUGUCUAGUUUUAAAUGGCUCUAGAAAUGGGGGAUACUAUUUCACAGUGUAAUAGGCCCUAAAUACACAUUUUCUUUGCACUGAACUGUAGGGAGUUGUUUCAAGGAUGAUGGAGACAGUGGACCAAUUUUUUUUCCCCAUACUUAGUGUCUUUUUUAAUUAAAAUUGUCAGAUUUUGCAAUGGACAAAAGUAUCAGUGGAGGUGUGAAAAGCUGUGACCAAUAUAUUUGUUGCUAAUAUUUUUACUGUGGAAUUAUUUCCAGAUGACAAAUGGAAGGAUACCGCCUUCAAUGAUCAAAGGCCUGCAAGAAUUCAUCCAUCCAUUCAUCUAAACGAACAAAAACCCAGCCAUUAUGAGAAAUGGACACUUAGGGGGGAAAUUCUGCAUUCUUUAUUAAACAAAACUCCCACUAAUUGCAAUUGAAUAGUUUUGUUGGGAAGGAAUUGCAUCUUCCUCUAUGUAUGUAGAAAGAAAAGGAGUACUUGUGGCACCUUAGAGACUAACUCUGAAACCUGUCAUUAUGCAAGGCACUGAAUUUAGCCCUAUGGAGUAGAAAUCUGUCAACUUCAUGAAAAAACUCGUUAAAUUUGUUAGUCUCUAAGGUGCCACAAGUACUCCUUUUCUUUUUGCGAAUACGUAUUAACACGGCUGCUACUCUGAAACCUAUGUACAUAGAGCACAUUAAUUCUCCAGUCCGAUGCAGGACCACUAGCUGUUACUGUAGAACAAAUAGAAGGAUACAUAGAAAUAACAGUGGGAGUUUGGUUCAAUUAAAGAGUACAGAAUUUGGCCUUUAGCCAUUAAUAAUUUUGUCCUGUUUACCAAGCAGUCAAUGAAUAGGUGGAGGGCAAAAAAAAUAAAUAUAAAAAAUUGAAGUCACUUCUGCUCUUUGCUGAAUCCAUUCCAAUGAGGAGAGAUUGAUGAAGAUGAUGUUUAAGCUAGACAAGCCCAAGGGCACUGAAGUGAAGGUUAUUUUUAGCCAGGACAUUCAUAUCCCAUUCAAGAGACAGUAUGUGUGGACUUGGUAAUCAGAUUUGGGAAAUCACUACAAUUUUUGCAUGCUGAAUAGCUAUUUAUAUAUAUAUAAAUAUAUAUAUAUAUAAAAAUAUAUAUCACAAAUGCAGGCCACCUGUCCAAUUCAGCUUUGCUUUUUACAAAUGAAAUACUUAAUAAAAAUGAAUGUUGCAAGGGGUUUUUUUUUUUGAAAGACAUCUAUUUAAGAUUUUUUUAAUUUACACACUUGCUGUAAAAACUAAGAA